AUGUCUGAGAACAAGGUGUGCCAGGUUCAAAUGCCUCAGCUACAAUCUUCGACAUCGAGUGACACCGUGCUGAAGCACCGUCGAAGUUUGGAAGACCUACUUCGUGCCCAAAAAAUGGAUGUGAGUGCAAUGAUGCUGCUGCGCUUUGACAAGCCUGACUCCAACCGAAAUGACAACCGCAAGCCGGCCCAGCCAUGUCUAGCAGCCCUCAGUACCAACUACAAGAGCCACAGUUUCGCGGAGUGUGAGGCCCUGACAUCUUGCACCAUCGGCCCAGUGCCACUCAUCAAGACCUCCCAGAUGUUGGGCUAUGAUGCUGAGACUGGAAGCAUGAGUGCGGGAUUGAGAACAGAACAGAAAGGAGUCCCAUGUCAUAUCGAGAUCUUGAAGGCCUACCCAAAUGGCCUACAGCUGAGCAAUUCCGAUGCCUUUGUGAUUGUGAAUGUCAUUCCAAACAGGAAGGACUUCUUUGCAAAGAUUCAUGAGUCGAUUUCGUCUACCCUCUAUGAGUACUGGGACAACUCUGAGAUCUCCGGCCCCAAGCAAAGGCCACGGGAGUCGAACACAUCAGCUCCCUUGGGCUUCAAGCUCCUGGCUGUGAACAGCCAUGGUCAAGUGGUGUGGCUUGCCACACCCCCCGGCAAGAACACCCGACCGACCGUGGUAAUCACGAAGGACUGGAGCAUCUUCAUUGGAAAUGAACGUGCCGAGGACAUGACAGUGGACCCCUUUCCAUUGUUUGGCUUUGGUCUUGGAGAUUUUGAAGAAAUGGUUUGCGAAGGUGAUGGUGCCCAAGACAUCAUCAACAAGUUCAUUCCAUGGAAGCUGGGCGAUGACAAGGACCUGGUGUGCUUGGAUUCCAAGCUCCAACCGUUAUGUGGGGUGCUUCACGGCAUGUUCUCAGAACAUGGCUUGGUUGAUGUGCAGAUCUUGGACCAUUCUCAGACUGCAAAGAUGUGGCUGCUGAAGGGCAAGAGCCAGAGUCCAGCUGAUGAGGACUUCCUUGAGUCCAGGUUCUUGGGGGAACCUGAUUUUUCCAGCUUCCUGCUUCCUGAGCCUGAAGCUACACAGGCUGAAAAGCCCUCUGAGGAGCCGAAAGGGAAGGAUAAGGUUGUUCCCAAGCCUAAACGUAGCCCCAAGACAGUUUCAACAACAGCAGCUAGCUCCGCCUCAGCAGCUCCUCGUCGUGGCCGGCCGCCCAAAGCGACCUCAGGUGGUCGCAAGCGGGCAGCAGCUAAGAAGGCUGCGACGGCUAAGGGGAAAGCCAAGGCGAAAGCCAAGGGGAAAACCAUCAAAAAACCAGCUACGAGUGAGACUACGGAAGUUGAAGAUGGUGAUGGUCCUAUCCCCAAGACGUCAAAGAGACCUACUGCGAUGAAACGGCUUGCUGCAGGCAACCGUCGAAAGAGCAUGCAAGCCUUUUCGAACCCAUACUACUACGGGCGUGCCAACACAUGGGCAAUCAAACAUAAUGGCAAAGAAGUUGUCCGAGACGCGGCGCAUGAAUCUUUGUUGAAGGGUGAGACCAUUGAAGACACCAAGGCCAUGUGUGCUACGAUGAUGAGCAAGUUGACCCGCAACAGUGGACGUGACAAUGGCAAAUCUGAGACACCAGCAGACAAUGGCACAGCUGAUAGCACUCCAAAGACUCCAAAGCAUGCAAAGCAUGUGACAGAUGAUGCGAUGGACAAUGAUGAGACUGGCAAUGACUGUCCUCAUGGUGGUUCCGAAGAGGACCGUGAGGAAGAAGCAAUGGAAGAUGAUGAGAUCGAGGAUGUUGACUGA